UUUCAGAGAUCGAGAAACUGCAAGGUCCUCGACCUCUGGCGGGAUUAAAACAUAACCAGACAGCUUAGCUGAAUACUUGCAUUAAGAAGCAGAGAGUACUGAAACCAUGAAAUUCGCGUGUGCGUAUUAACUAUUUAUCGGACGCAAGAGUCACGACUAGCAGAGGCAGCAGAUUUAUGACAUUAACGUAAACUGCGGUGUUAGGACACUAAGGCAUACAGAAAAUGUUUAUGCACGUUGCACAUUAAGGCGAUCCGGAAAGCCGAAGAACCAGUCGGCUUUUAUUACAUUUCCGUUGAGGGUUUCGUGGAAGAAGAGUGGAGUGCAAGACACAUGCGUUUUAUAUAUAUGUAGAAAGCCGCCUUCGAAUUUCGUCUUCAGUCAUUGACAGGGUUCGCUGUUAGUGUUUUCCUAGGUAGGACGACUGAAAAGGCAAGCAAGCGGGCGCGAGGUGCAGAAACACCCUGGACUACUCAAUUAUUGGUUAAUUCUUGCCACGUAUUCGAUGAUGCAGUCUACUAUUUUGCAUUUCAGGUAGUGAGGAAACAAUUAAACUCCGAGUAUGUAAAUGGAGCGAAGCAGGUAAUGAAAAUACUGAGGCUUACAGGAUUUAUGCAGCCUUAAACAUUGUGACACUUCUAGUAAUCUGGCUAAUGUUUCAUUCUUUAAAGUGUACGUUUUUUCAAUGACUAGCUGUUCUCGAUUGACGUUAAGUAAUAGGGAAAGUCUAGGUUAUAGUGGACAGUUAAGCAAUAUUUUAUUUCAUAAAAUACAUAGUUGAAUAGAUCGACUUUAAUGUUGAAUAUGUGCACGAAGGACAUCUGUGAUGGUUUUCUAAGUAUACUCUUAGACUGCAACACCGCAGUUACAGAUGAGCGUUUUAGAAUUAAAAUAUUAAGUAUGCAAGCGUGCACGCUGACUGAUGGGCUGGUGUGGUGGAGGUGGUGCUGAAGGGACAGUUCCUCGUAAAUCUGUAGUUCAAUAGAAGGCACUCAGAUACCUCUGUGACUAGAGCCGUGAUUUCUAGAAGCAAGGACCGCCAUGAACCAACCAAGUUCGCCGUCCACCAGAUCAUCUUUUCAAAAUUUUGUGCAAGUAAUAUCACUCAGAACAUGAAGAGGCAAAACGUGAGAACCCUAGCUCUUAUCAUCUGUACCUUUACUUAUUUGUUGGUUGGAGCAGCAGUAUUCGAUGCCCUGGAAUCCGAGAACGAAACCUCGCAGAAAAAAAUUUUGGACGACAGAAAAACAGAUCUAAUGACCAAAUACAACCUUACUAAAGAAAACUUUGACGAUCUAGAAGGUGUGGUUCUGCAACUAAAACCCCACAAAGCCGGAGUGCAGUGGAAAUUCGCUGGAUCCUUCUAUUUUGCCAUCACUGUGAUUACAACUAUAGGAUAUGGACAUGCUGCUCCAAGCACAGAUGGUGGAAAGGUGUUUUGUAUGUUUUAUGCCCUUCUUGGGAUUCCUUUGACCCUGGUGAUGUUCCAAAGCCUGGGUGAGAGGAUCAACACAUUUGUUAAGUACCUCUUGCAUCGCAUUAAGAAGUGCCUUGGACUAAGAAGGUCAGAGGUUUCAAUGGCAAACAUGGUGACUAUUGGCUUUUUCUCAUGCAUCAGCACACUAUGUAUUGGUGCAGCAGCCUUCUCACAUUAUGAAGACUGGUCUUUUUUUCAGGCUUAUUACUACUGCUUCAUUACACUCACCACUAUUGGAUUUGGGGAUUAUGUAGCUCUACAAAAAGACCAUGCCCUGCAAAACAAUCCCCAAUAUGUGACAUUCAGCUUUAUUUACAUACUCACUGGGCUGACAGUAAUUGGAGCUUUUCUAAACCUAGUAGUGCUGCGUUUCAUGACCAUGAAUGCUGAGGAUGAAAAACGAGACGCAGAACACCGAGCUUUGCUCACCCGCAAUGGUCAAGCAAGCAUGUUUGGACCAGCAGACACUGUGACUUCUGCAGUUUCUGCUGGGCGUGGCUUGCGCAAUGUGUAUGCUGAAGUUCUGCAUUUACAGUCAAUGUGUUCAUGCCUUUGGUAUAAAAGCAGGGAAAAGCUGCAGUAUUCUAUACCCAUGAUUAUACCCAGAGAUCUUUCCACAUCUGACACUUGCAUAGAGCAGACUGAAGUCUCAUCAGGCAGAUUCCCUGAACUACGGUCUAAUGGCUGCAUUUGUAAUAUGCAGCAGCACUCCACCAUUAGCUCAGUCUCUACUGGGCUGCAUAGUCUCUCUACAUUCAGGCAACUGAUGAAAAGAAGAAGCUCAGUCUAGAAGGACUUGUAAUUGUUACACUAAGGACACAAAAACAAUACAGGAGAACUUUAUAAAUAUUCUACAAAAGCAUUUUGGAAUGUUUAUCUGGAAAAAACUGUAUACCUUUUGAUAGAUUUACUUAUAUAAAAAUGUAAUUGUUUUCAAAGAAAAGAAUGCAUACUUUGCUACAAAGUAUUGGUUCAAGUGCAUCAGUAUAAUCAUAAAAGAAAUUGUAUUUUUUAAAGCAUAACCAAUGAAAUACAGUGGUAUCUGGAAUGCUACUGGAAAUUAGCAUUUUUAAAAAUGUAUUUGAAGUAUAAAGUGGCAUAUGAGUUUGAGAGUAGCAUUCUUAGUAUUAUUCUUACAAUUUAAGUCCUCUUGACUAUUGCAUAGUUGUAAAAUUUAGUAUCAUGUCAAGAAAUGAAAUCAAUUAAUAAUAAAUUUGUGUGAGUAUUAACAGCCAUCACAUUAUUUCUUUAGUUACUUUUGUGUUAGAAUGGGAGCUUUAAAUGUCUAUAAGCUCUGUGGCGAUAUUGCCAACAAUUCUUUGCACAUUUGCUGCAGCUCUCAAACUUGUUUUGCCAUUGCUGAUGCUUCACUAUUGGGGUUUUGAAGUGAUGGCUUUGGCAGACCCAUCAAGUAUUUUGUCCAUGAGCCACUCAAAUAUAUUAUUUUGUCCUGAUGAAAGAUGAUUUUUAAUCCUCACUUUAAUUUAUACCCUAUUACCCAUUCAUAUUUACCUCGUACGUUUAUAUUUAGUACUAGCAAGUUUCCCAGUCCAAACUGAGGAGUAGUGGUUGCUGUGCACAGGACCAUAAAUUGUUUUUUUAU